CCUCACUCGAGGUCUCCCUAAGCUCUCUCAUCCCACCGCCCACGGCUCACCGCUCGAUCAGCUGGCUCCGUCGAUCGUCCGACCCCAACUCUCAGCCCCUGACUCAUUAGUUUCUUGACUUCUUCCAAUCACAAAUGGCGUCGUCCGUCACCGCUCCCCCGGCGGCGGCUCCGGCCACCGCGCCGGCGAAGCCCAAGAAGCCGUCGCAGCUCAAACCGAGCACCGGGACCGGCAAGGCCUCCCGCACCGCGGCCCCCGUGCGGCCAAUGCGCGCCGCCACCCCGGCCGGCCCCAAGUGGAACCCGUUCCAGCGGCUCGCGGCGGCGGCGCUGGACGCCGUCGAGGACGGCCUCGUCGCGGGCCUCCUCGAGCGCGCGCACCCGCUCCCCCGCACCGCCGACCCCGCCGUCCAGAUCGCCGGCAACUACGCGCCCGUCGGGGAGCGCCCGCCCCGCCGCCGCGGCGAGGCGGCGCCGCGCCCGCUCCCCGUCUCCGGCCGCGUCCCGCCCUGCCUCGACGGGGUCUACGUCCGCAACGGCGCGAACCCGCUCCACGAGCCCCGCGCGGGGCACCACCUCUUCGACGGCGACGGGAUGCUCCACGCCGUGCGCCUCCGCGCCGGGCGCGCCGAGUCCUACGCGUGCCGGUUCACGGAGACGGCGCGGCUCCGGCAGGAGCGCGCCAUCGGCCGCGCGGUAUUUCCAAAGGCCAUCGGCGAGCUCCACGGCCACUCCGGCGUCGCCCGCCUCCUCCUCUUCGGCGCCCGCUCCCUCUGCGGCGUCCUCGACGCGUCCCAGGGGAUCGGGGUUGCCAACGCCGGCCUCGUGUUCCAUAACAACCGCCUCCUCGCCAUGUCCGAGGACGACCUCCCGUACCACGUCCGCGUCACCGCCGACGGCGACCUCGAGACCGUCGGUCGCUACGACUUCGGCGGCCAGCUCGAAGGCGCCAUGAUCGCGCACCCCAAGCUCGACCCGGCCACCGGCGAGCUCUUCGCGCUCAGCUACAAUGUCGUCUCCAAGCCGUACCUCAAGUACUUCUACUUCACCGCUGACGGCCGCAAGUCCCCCGACGUCGAGAUCCCCGUCGACGCGCCCACCAUGAUGCACGACUUCGCCGUCACCGAGAACUACGCCAUCAUCCCCGACCAGCAGAUCGUCUUCAAGCUCCAGGAGAUGGUUCUCGGAGGCUCCCCCGUCGUGUACGACAAGACCAAGACCUCGCGGUUCGGGGUGCUCCCGAAGCGCGCCGCCGACGCGUCGGAGCUCCGGUGGGUGGAGGUCCCCGACUGCUUCUGCUUCCACCUCUGGAACGCGUGGGAGGACGACGCUACCGGCGAGAUCGUCGUGAUCGGGUCCUGCAUGACCCCGGCCGACGCCGUCUUCAACGAGUCCGGCGAGGGGGAGGCCUUCCAGAGCGUGCUGUCGGAGAUUCGCCUCGACCCCACCACCGGCACGUCGCGGCGGCGCGCUGUGCUGGCCGCCGACGACCAGGUGAACCUCGAGGCCGGGAUGGUGAACCGGCAGCUGCUGGGCCGCAAGACCCGGUACGUCUAUCUCGCCAUCGCCGAGCCGUGGCCCAAGGUGUCGGGGUUCGCCAAGGUGGACCUGGAGACCGGCACCGCCGAGAAGUUCAUCUACGGCGAGGGCCGGUACGGCGGCGAGCCCUGCUUCGUGCCGCGCCCGGGCGCCGGCGCCGGCGCGGAGGAGGACGACGGCUACGUGCUUUGCUACGUCCACGACGAGGCCCGCGGCGCGUCGGAGAUGCUCGUCGUCAACGCCCGCGACAUGCGGGAGGAGGCCGCCGUCAAGCUGCCGGGCCGCGUCCCGUACGGGCUGCACGGCACCUUCAUCUCCGGCGAGGACCUGCAGCGGCAGGCCUAGCGGCGGCGCUGCUGCUGCCUCGUCGAUCACGAACUCACGACCACCUAACGUACAUACAGAGUACAGUAGCUAGUGACGUGGCAACUGAAUUAUUUACAGCUGCUUACCACAGUGAUUUAUUUCUUUCAUUUUUAGAACAGUAGAGGGCCGUGUGGUACUGAUUUUUGGGGCAGACGUACGCCGGCAGUAUACGUGUACAGUACUUGUAUGAUUUUGAGUCAGAGUAGAUGUAUAGGAAUUACAAAAAAAAUUGUAGAAUUUUCUGUGCAGAAAUAAAAGUUUUUAUGUGCAUAUAA